CCAAGAAUCAAGAAACUUGAGGAAGCAGCACUCCUUCUUUUAUACACCGCGUUGGCACACCUCCCUCAUAGCGGAUUUCCGCACCCCAUCACCUCCUUCCCAUCCCUCCCCCACCUCUCUUUCUAUUUUGUCGUUGUAUGUUGCCCCCAAAUAUCCGCCCACUUGCGUAUUCGAUUAGGUUCCCACUGGUUUUCUCUCCUUUCAUUUUCUUACAUCUCCGUUUUGGUGCGAAAAUGAUGAUUAAACGUCAACCACGCAAAAGCCUCGCCGGCGCCAUCCGGUUGUCGCUGGUUGGCUGUCUACACUUGCCUAAAGCGGCAACCGCCCGGGGCCUCGCCUAUGAGCUUGCGGCCCUUGCGCCGGAUUUCCGCACCUCUGCGAGCCCGCAGAACCGCAGCUGUGUCGGCAUCUUAACGCAGCCCUUUCCGCAGCCCCUUGCGGACGUCGUGCUUUUGAAAAAUGCCGUUGGGGCUUUUUGUCAACCUGCAACGCAUAUAUACACGUGUGAGUGGCGUCUGUUGGUGCUUAUCUUUUGUGAUUUGAUUCCUCAACAUUGCUUCUUCAGCUUCAUGAUGCCGGAUUAGGAAUAUGUACAGUAGCAUUGUUUUAUUAUUGGCUUCUUUCCGCGUAACAGUUACGGAAUUAAACCCCGGCUUUAACUAUUUGCGCUUUCUCAUACGCGUCCCAUGAUGCUUGCAUCUCCACGAAACCCCUCCAAACGGUCAGGUUGCCCAGAGUCAGCUUCAUAACAGGUUUGUCAACGUUGAGUUGUUAUAAUUGCCACGCGGCAACUCAGUGGGGGUAAUUGGC